CUCCCCGCUUCAUACUCCCAGUCAUAGGGGUUAGGCUCGCAUUCCUGCCAGUGUCUGCGGCGAGCGCCGGGCGCAGGAUGCGGGGGAGCACCCGGGGAUAAGAUUUGGGGUGCAGGGAGAGAACCCCGACAUAUUAAUGACAGACGUGAGCCCUGCACCCCACCCAGGGAUGGCGCUCCUCAUGGAGGAGGAUGAGUAUGACAAGCUGGUCAUGCAGUCGGGCUCGGACUGGCUGCGGUCGGAGAUUAGGAGGCUGUUCCGGGAGCUGGGGGAGACCACCCGGGAGAAGAUCCAGGCGGCCGAGUACGGGCUGGUGGUGCUGGACGAGAAGCAGCAGCUGAAGCAGCAAUAUGACGAGCUGGAGCUGGAGUACGAGACCGUGCGGAUGGAGCUGGAGCAGCUCAAGGAGGCAUUUGGACAAGCACAUAGCAACCAUAAGAAAGUGGCGGCGGAUGGAGAAAGCAGAGAGGAAACGCUCAUUCAAGAAUCUGCAACCAAGGAAGAAUAUUACAUGAAAAAGGUCUUAGAACUGCAGACCGAGCUGAAGCAAUCCAAGAAUGUCGUUGCCAACACGCUGUCUGAGAAUGAGCGUCUGAAUUCCCUGGCACAGGAGCUGAGAGAGCUGAAUCAGAAUGUGGAGGUCCAAAGAGGUCGCCUGCGAGAUGACAUCAAGGAGUACAAGUUCCGAGAAGCCCGACUACUUCAAGACUACACCGAGCUGGAGGAGGAGAACAUCUCUCUGCAGAAGCAAGUUUCAGUUCUUAAGCAAAAUCAGGUGGAGUUUGAGGGUCUGAAACAUGAAAUCAAGAGAUUGGAGGAAGAGACGGAGUUCCUGAAUAGCCAACUUGAAGAUGCUAUCCGAUUGAAAGAGAUUUCAGAGAGGCAAUUGGAGGAAGCUCUAGAGACCCUGAAGACUGAACGCGAGCAGAAGAACAACCUACGCAAAGAGUUGUCCCAUUACAUGAACAUCAACGACUCCAUGUUCAGCAGCCAUCUAAACUUCUCCCUUGAUGGACUGAAGUUCAGUGAUGAAAUCACCGAACCCAACAAUGAUGAUGUUGUGAAUGGUUUCGAGCACAAUGGAGUCAUCAAGAUGAAUGCUGAUAACAAAGUGUCCACCCCCAAGAAGAAUGAUCCGGCACCAAGUCUGGUUUCAGACCUGCUAAGUGAGCUGAACAUCUCUGAAAUACAGAAACUGAAGCAACAACUGAUGCAGAUGGAAAGAGAAAAGGUUGGUCUGUUGUCUACUCUCCAGGAAUCUCAGAAACAGCUGGAGAACACUAAAGGUGUCCUCUCCGAGCAGAACGACAAGGUCAGCAGGCUCACUGAAAACCUAAAUGCCAUGAAGAAACUUCAUGCCUCCAAGGAACGCCAGUCUUCUCUAGACAAUGAGAAGGAGAGGGAUAGUAACGAAGAUGGGGAUUAUUAUGAGGUUGACAUUAAUGGUCCGGAGAUUUUAGAAUGCAAGUAUAAGGUAGCCUCGGCAGAAAUACAUGAUCUCAAAGAAGAACUGAAGAACGUGAAGUCCAAGUAUGAGGAAUGUGAGGGCAAAUAUGAGGAGGACAAGAACAGAUUUGAGAGUGAAACACAAGCCAUGGCAGAAAAGAUCGCCUUGCUGGAGAAGACCACGCGGCAAGACCGAGACCAAGUUUUCAGACUUGAGAAAGAACUCAAGAAAGUGAGUGACGUGGCUGGAGAGACACAAGGAAGCCUCACUGUGGCUCAGGAUGAGCUGGUUACCUUCAGUGAAGAGUUGGCCAAUCUGUACCACCAUGUAUGUAUGUGCAACAAUGAAACACCCAACAGGGUCAUGCUGGAUUAUUACAAGGAAGGAAAAGGGGGACGAAACAGUCCUGAAGGUAAAGGUCGUAGGUCACCAAUUCUACUUUCUAAGGGUUUAUUGAACAAUGAAAAUGGCCAUAGUGACUCUGGAUCUCCUGUAUCUCCAAUUCCGUCACCUGUUUCUGAUCCUAGAAAAGAGCCCAUGAACAUUUAUAAUCUCAUAGCUAUAAUCCGUGAUCAGAUCAAGCAUUUACAGGCUGCAGUGGACAGGACCACAGAGCUUUCCCGACAGCAGGUAGCCAGCCAAGAGCUUGGACCAGCCACCGAUAAAGACAAAGAAGCGCUCAUGGAAGACAUCCUGAAGCUGAAGUCUCUAUUGAGCACUAAGAGGGAACAGAUUGCUACACUGAGAACGGUGCUUAAAGCCAACAAACAAACUGCAGAGGUCGCUCUUGCCAACUUGAAGAGCAAGUAUGAGAAUGAGAAAGCCAUGGUGACUGAGACCAUGAUGAAACUGCGCAAUGAGCUGAAGGCGCUCAAGGAAGAUGCUGCUACAUUCUCCUCCCUCAGAGCCAUGUUUGCCACAAGAUGCGAUGAAUAUGUCACACAGCUCGAUGAGAUGCAGAGGCAGCUGGCGGCAGCAGAAGACGAGAAGAAGACAUUGAACUCUCUGCUCCGUAUGGCCAUCCAGCAGAAGCUAGCACUGACUCAACGUCUGGAGCAUCUGGAACUGGACAACGAGCAGGCCAGGCGCGCCCGCACCAAAUCCACCUCCAAAAUCAAAACUAGUAACCCCAGUGUAAGUCACGUUCGCUCUUGUGCGGACCGGUCCGAAGGGUCUGUCCUCAACAACCAGGUGUUUUGCAGUGAGAAAUAUAAGAUCUGCUGUGACUAGAGAAGGCAGAGCUUUGUUUUUUUGCCCUGCUUGGCUAGUCCGCAUGAAGCGCCAAUUUGCUACAAUACUGCAGCCAUUUAACCCAUGCUGGUCUUUUUGUAAACUGUGUAUGCAAAUGGUAUUAUUAAGCUGAUCUUAAUUCUAACUAACACUUGUAUGGGGGGUGCUUGCAACAAGUUAAUGCAGGAAGGAGACGGAGCAGCACUUCUGAAGUUAACCUGUCGGGCGUUUUUUUCAUUUUUCUGGGGAAAUAGAUUCCUGUCUGAAGCCAUAAUCACUGUGUUGCAUCGGUUUUGCAUUAUAUUCGCAAGCCGGUCCUAGAUGCAGAAUCACUGGGCAGCUAUUUUUCUUCUAUUGCAUGCUAAAAAUGACCUUAAAAUCAUGUGUGGGUUACGCAGAACACAUUGCGGUCCAAACCACCAAGCGGAGUCUGGAAGUAAUUUUCUGCCGCUUUGUGGUUACAAACAUAUGGGCGCGUCCAAAAUUAUCAUUGAAGAUGAGAAACCAAUUGGACAAGAAAGCAAAACAUGGGAAUUGAAGACGCUGAAUUUGUGCCCAUCUCAUUGCAGUGAUUUCAGGCUUCAGGAGUCGCUUGUCUGGUGUGACCGUAGCAGGUCCGUUGGAUCGGUGGCCCGCUGUAAUGCAUGUGUUGAUGAUUGAAUCACACACCGUGUUCCGUAGAAGAGUAGCAGUAACGUUAAAAGUUGUGUUAAGGAAUAAGGGAAGUUUAGCAUAGGUCCUACCAUCUGCCACCCGAUCUCAGAUUACAGUAUAACCAUUGCAUGCCUUGCUAACCUCAUUGUAAUCAAUAGGAGCACAGAUCGAGAGAAAUGACCUAUAGUCCUAUGUGCCACAUGUGGUUUGGGAAAAUACGCUCAAGUAUUAACAAGCUAACAGUAUACAGAAAUUAGUUUGGGCCUCAUAAUGCUUGAUGCUAGGCCUCCUUGUGAGGAACAGACCAAAAAUCUGUAAAAGGAGAUGUCUCGCCUGUUUCACUUAUAUGAAAAGAACGGCGAGCGUCUUAAUAUUGACUCCAGAACUGGUGGUAGUUUUCUGUAUUUUUUCUUUUCUUGUAAGUGAUAGCAUUAACACGUGUUAUUCUAUAUUGUCAUAGAAUACUACUGGAAUCGCUUUCAGAGGAAAUCCGCAUUAUUUAUGCAAGCACAUCAGUGUAACAGGGCUCUACAAUUAGAGAAAUGCUGACCCCUAGGGGUCAAUGCCUCAUUGAGGAAUGAGGGUAUGCUUGAAUUAGAGCGGGAAGUCCUACCUAUCAAGUGUAAUUCAAGCAAAAAAACAACAACAAUAUGAUAAAAUACCGUGGAAAUUGUGCCGGAAAAAGUGGGGAAAAAAUGAAUUCUUAAUUGAUGGAAGGAUUAAAUACGGCACAAUGGUUAUAUUUUGGAAAAAUAAAUUUAAAGUGCCUACUUUGUAAUGCUGUACUAUUGUAAAGCCCUGUUCAUUCUGAAACUUUCUUAGCAGUUUUUUUACAUAUACCGUAUAUUGCUUCUUAUGCCGAUUCAGGUCAGAAUGGAUUGUGUCCUUAUCCCUACAUCUGCCCUGUCACUAUCCCUAACCUGCCUGAACCCUUUCUCUGCCUGAACCUUUCUUCUCCUUGCCAUGACCCUGGCACUGCUUCUUCACAUCACUGCCAUUCUUUAUAGAUUAUCAGCACCCUGCUUCCUGUGUCCCGACACUCCGCCGCUAAGUAGCCUCAGGGUUACUGAAAGGUAAUCGAGAGCUUGUGGCCUGGUUUUUCCGAGUGGUGGAGUGUAGUGGAUAAUCCUAAGAAUCUGCAUGCUAAUGUGGUGUUUUUUUCUUUUCUUUUUUUGUUUUUGUUUGUUACAACAUUUUUUUUUAGAAAUGAUAUAUUCUUAGUAACUGAGAAUGUGAGCGAACAUUUUUUUUUCCUGUUCUUGUCACGAUAUUAUUGGUUCUAUAAAAAUUUUUGAAUAGAAAUGCACAAAAAUUGGUGACCACUCGUUUCACUCGUUUUUGCUUCUCACUAAUUAUUUAAAUUUGUGUGUUUUAAUUAAUUAUGUAUUUUCUUUUUUUUUUUGCUUUUUGGUUUUUAUUUAGGGCUUAAAAUAUAUUUAGCACAAGGGAUGAGAGGGCCCAAUUUUUUUCCCGGUCCCCCUUAUACUCUACAGAGAAAAUGGAAAAUAUGAUAAAUAACUUUUUCUUUUGUUUGUUUGUUUGUUUGGGUUAAGGUUUUUGUUUAUUUGGAUUAUUAUAUUAUUUUAGUUGCUUUCUUUUUAACCACUUAUAACGUUGUGGGUUGUGUUUUUAUUUUUUAUUUUCAAUAUUGUAAAACGAAUUAAGUUCUUAGGUUGGUAUUAUAUAAUUUCCAUAUAAAAUCUAAUUUUGUCACUGUAAUAAUAAUGAUCCUUUUCUCUGAAUAACCACCAGUGCAUCAUUCACUUGAGGCUUGAUUCUAUCUCUCUGAUCAGUGAUCACAUUGUGCUUUCACUGACUAUCUUCUUGCAUGUCCAGUGCAUGGAUGCAAAGAAACAAAUGCUUCAAUAUUCUGACUCCAGAGCUUCAGCCGAUAUUGUUCAACACCUGUAAGAACUUUGCUACCUUGCACAAGUCGCUUUCCCAAUCUGCUCCUUUAAAGCAGCGGCCAAGAGCUCAGCUUGGAAACUAAUAUCUGCCUGGCCUUGCUUAAUAUUUUUUCUUAUCCGUCUAACAUCUCUUACACAUCUCCUAUCAAGAAUUCCCUAUUUGUCAUUGAUCUCAUUUUAAUUCUAUUUUCCGUUUUUUCAGUUGUAGAAUAGUUCCUGAAGAAGAUCCCAGUGCACUGAGAUGCACGUAACUCCAGUCCAAGUAGCUCUUGACUAUUAGUGGCAAUGGCACAAAAAAAAAAAUUAUAUAUUUAAGACGGGAAACUACUGCACCCUCCUUUAAUCUGAUAUCUUUUACAGUAAGCGUUCCUUCCCAUUAUUUUUAAUGUUUUUUUUUUUUUAUAUCGAAAUAUAUUCUCAGAAUCAAAAAGCUUUACUAUACUAUGCUGCUGGGGAAGAAAACUUACAAGUGCUGAACAAAACGCUAUGAUUAACUAUCCUAUAAGCAUCAGUAAAGAUGGGUAAAGGGUUUUUCUUGGUUUUUUUUGUUUUUGUUUUCUAUUAUUUUACAUCCGAUUGUUAAACCUGUGCACUUUUGAUAUUUUAAUAUUUUUUUGUUUGUUUCAAUAUAUUUUAUGUAGAAAUGUUGUAAACAUGUAAUGGCUGCAUUACUAGCCUAAACAUGGCGGUUUCCUGGGUAGUAUUAACGCUUGUGCUUGUUGAUAAAUGACGUAUCAGCAUGUUGCAGGGAAUAUACCAAUUUUUGUUUUAUGGUUUAAUACACCUGUCAAUGUUAAAUCCUAUAUCCUUUUCUGUGUUCUGUCUUACUAUGGCUUUUAUUUCACUACAAUUUUUUUUGCGUGUUAUAAUUACUGGUUUUAACUGCCAUGUUCAUAAAAAAAUCCAGGGUCUGAAAAUUCUGGGGUUUUCAUACUAUAUUAUUAUUCUUAGGAAUAGCUUAAUGUAACAAGGAAAAAACUUGACUUUCUUUGGUUAAAACAGUAAUAGGCACUUGAAGAAAAUGCAUUUAAUAAGUAGUAUUACCUAAAAGGAUCAGAAUCUUCUGAUUUUUAGGAAAUAAAGAAUUGCUGAUGAACAGAAUUUUAUACAACUGUUACCAAUUAAAUUCCAAAUUGGAAUUGUUUCUUUUCUUUUGCUUUUUUUUUUUUGUUUCAGUUUCUUUUUUUUAGUUUUUUUCAAUUAUUGUGCCAAAUUCUGGUGCAUCUAGAAACUUCAAAUCUAAACUUGUCAAAUACCGAGUGUUUGUAAGCCUUUGUUAUGGAUACCAGUAGUGCCUUUAUGAGAAAUCUUAGAUCAGCUUGGGUAGAAAAGAAAAGAAAUUCCGUAAAAACAAGGACACCAUGCGGAGCAAUAAGUGCAAAGGACAAAACGAAAAAAUCAUCUUGCAUAUUUCUAACGGAUAAAAGUCUAUAUUUACAGAAAACAAAAAAAUUAAUUGUAAAAAAUUCCGUUGGUCAGUGAUUCUUCUUCAGCGCAGAUCCUUGCUAAUUCAGGGAUUGAGACAAAUACUUAAUGUCUGCAAACCAAAACUAAUAGCUUUGGGGGAAAAAAAAUGUUUUUUUUCCACUUUUAAUAUAGCAAGAUGUAUUACUGACACAUUUGUGGUGGCGGUCCGCCAAUCUCCGGGGGUCACAAGGACUUAUCUGUUACCUGUGUAUGGUGGUGGACAUAGCCUUAUCAUUCUGUCGCUAGCAAAUGUGGGAAAACAACACAUUAAUAUCUGCUCUUGCAUGUUGUAUUUAACUGCUGUUGUUUUCAGGAAACAGAAUCUGCACGCGCAUCAACAAGCUCCGCCCCCGCGGAUGUUCGUUGAGGCCUGGGAAAUUGUAAUUGGUACUCGCAAAAACCGACGUCAUUUUUGCAAGAUGACAAAAAAUAAAAAAAGCUGUUUUAAAUUUUUAAUUACUUGUUAUGAGGGGGAAAAGGUUUCUGUUUGCUGGAAAAACAGUCUGGAUUCUAGAUGUUGGGUUUUUAUAUGCUCAUCUUUUACAGUAUUGAUCUUUAAAAUAUUGUUACUGCAAAUUAUUUCAUCUGUUAUGUGGGUAUUUAUUUGAAAUUAUUUCAUAAAGUACUGUAUUAUGUUAAUGUGCAUUAUUUUUAGUGGCAAAGUGUUCUUCAGUUACAUGUCAUAUGCACGUACUCUUGCCAAGUAACCUUUACACAGAUCGGAAGGUGAAAGCGGUCGCCGUCACAUAGAUUGGCGCUUCUUAUAAAGGUCUGCCUAGGGAAUGAAAAGUGUUAUCGACAUUAAUACAAGGUUGUGUGUAGCAAGUUGCCUGUGUAAGGGUAGUCACAUGUAUCAAUAAAGAUGAUAAAGGAA